AUGAUAGCAGUUCUAUCUCAAACCGGUGCCAAGAAACCGGAGGUGGGCCCUGCCCCAUUGGCGUUCCUGUGGCUUUACAGUCUUCGCGCGCAGUAUCCCUCUAUAGACCCCGGAUUAACGUAUACCCUUUUAAGGGUCUGUGAUGUUGCCCAUACAAAGAACCCCAAGUGGAGAUUCUCCUCCCUUCCCUUUCCUCUGGCCGAAUUUUUGUGUUUGGCUUACUGUGUCCCAACCAAAUCCAUUAAUAGAAUAUCGCUAGACUCUCCUGCUAAAAUAUGCGCUGCAUCACUGAUACUGGCUUCCCUCGGCUAUUACACGAUUAACGGAGACCCUUUCAUUGGAGCUAUGAGAAGUUUUCCAAAAGAAUAUCCAAUUCAACGUUUCAAAGAAUGGGCAAAUGAGUAUGGUACGCAUUUCAUUGCACUAGGCACGGG